CGAACACAGCACGGGGAUCGCACGAACAACAGUACGAUACUUCCCGGGGUGCCCCCAAGCCUUGCUCCUGUUCCGGGGGGAUUGGCCGUCCGGAGUGGUGCCCCUAAUCCAGUCCCAGCCGCUCCCCCGCCCCCGCCGGUCCCCGUCCCACGCCCAGGAUCACCGGUUCGGUUAGAUCCGGAUUCCCUUGCCAUGAUACCCCCGGCGGUUCACGCAGGAGCGAUGGCUGCCCCUUCUUCGCCCGCAGCGAUGAUGCGUACUUUUCGCCGAGAGGGCCGUGAACAUGAGGUCGCGCCCAGGCACACCGAACCUGUCGUCGGACCUCUCUCCCCGUCGCACCUCCGGCCAGUGCUCGAGCACUCCCCGCGCCCCCCGACCCCCUCCGCGUAUCCGAUUGGGGAACACCGUGGACACGUGACGAGUGCGACCCAUUCGGACACAUCGGGGACUCUGCCUCAUACGCACGUCCCGCCGUCGUCCAUUGGUUCUGGUCCAAUCCCACCCGCCGCUCCGCCCGGGGCAACCGCACCCACGGUGCACACACCCGGGGAUUGAUGACCUCUGGCCCAAAAACCC